UGGCCAAGAUUCCCAUUACAGAAAACAGACGGUCGUUUGGUAAUUGUUCGCAUGGUGAGUCCUCACGCUCUUGUCCCCACAUAAGAUAACGCGUACCAUUGGAGCACUAUUUAAAGGAUCAUGUAAGGACAUCUAUCAGUUGGAAUCAGCAAACUAAAAUGAAAACUGUAGUUCUGCUUGCCUGUCUCAUUGGCUACGCCCUCUCGGAGACUUGCACCAGCUCACAUAGUGAGUGUAAACACACAUCAUGUGAUUCCACGUCAGAACUGCACUGUGUGGACGGAUUGUGUACCUGCACAACAGCCACAAGCAUGGCAUGUAGGACACUUCAGGACUGCCAAUCCAUUACUGACUGGGAUUGUCAGCAAAGCAGACGACAUUGCAUUGACAAUGUGUGCAGAUGUUCACGAUUUUAACUCAGUGCACUAUUAAAUAUUGUAACCAACUGCAA